AUGGGCCUCUUAAUUGUUGGCGGGUGCGCUGCCGCCUCGCGUGUGUACCCGUCAACCAAAGAAUCGCGACAGUGCACAAUGACGUUGGAACGCUGGCCCGAUGUCAUCGUGCAAUACUUCAUCCGCCCGCGGAACACUAAUUCUGUUCCCAGUACUUCUCCUAACUCUUCACCAGCUGAAGUAAGUCAAAAUAUCACUCUGCUUAACUGGAGAAAUCUCAUAAUGCUUAACGUAAAUAGUCUGAAAGUUGCUGUGCGUGUACGCCCAUUCAAUCAGAGAGAAAAAGCAAUGCAAAGUAAUUGUAUCAUCUCUAUGGCUGGCAAUAGUUGUACCAUUGUGGAUCCCAAAGAUCUGAGCAACAAAAAAACCUUUACCUUUGAUUAUUGCUAUUGGUCAACUGAUGGAUAUAUUGAGAAUGACCAAGGAGUUUAUCUGCCUGACGGACCUCACAGUAGAUACAUCAACCAGGAACGGGUCUUUAAUGACAUUGGGAGAGCUAUCCUGGAGAAUGCCUGGAAGGGAUACAAUACAAGCCUUUUCUCAUAUGGACAAACUGGAUCAGGGAAGAGCUAUUUGAUGACAGGAUAUGGAGGAAACAAGGGCCUUGUUCCCAUGAUUUGUGAAGAACUCUUCCAGGAAAUUAAGCAGCAUCAAAACAAGGACGGACAGUUUUAUGUUUAUUUUAGCAUGUUUGAGAUCUACAAUGAACAGGUACGUGACCUCCUGUCAAAGGGUCGAAAGCCUAAUGGCCUGAGAGUGCGGGAAGGCAGGCAUGGAUUUUAUGUUGAGUGCCUUAAGUCAGUGCCAUGUAGCAGUUUUAAGCAACUUGAGGCUUUGUUGGAUCAAGGAAUUCGGAACAGAAGUGUCGCAUCAACUAACUGGAACACCACCAGCAGCAGAUCCCACAUGGUGAUCAGUAUCCAUUUUCAGCAGAUGUUUGCAGACCGAUUCAUGAUGAAGCAUUCGGAGAUUAACCUGGUGGAUUUGGCUGGCAGUGAAAGGCAACAAAGUGCGGGAGUUGCUUCUGACAGAUUCAAUGAAGCACGAGCAAUCAAUCUCAGUCUAACAACUCUUGGAAAUGUUAUUAGUUCCCUAUCGGACAAGGCUGUGGGCAAGAGAAUUCAGUACAUACCGUAUCGCAACUCCAUACUGACCAGAUUGCUUAGCACGGCACUAGGAGGGAACAGCAAGACCAUUAUGGUUACAACGAUAAGCCCAGCAGACAUCUAUUAUGAUGGGACCAUGUCAACAUUACAAUUUGCUGAAAGAGCUAAGAAAAUCCAGAACAGAGCAGUGAUUAAUGAAAGCCUAACUAAAGAGCUUCUCAUAGAUCUGAAAGAGGAUAAUACUAGGCUGCAGGCAAGAAUUUCUGACCUGGAGAAAGCAGGAGAUAUCCACACUGAUGAGCAAGGAAUUUCUGCAAUUGGACGAACUGCUAGUUUAGAGAAGGACAUUGUUUUGAAAGGACUUGGGUUCGUAAAGACGGCUCGCCAGGGUUGGACCACUGGAAUGUUGGCCAGUUGGAAUGCCAGUGAUAACAGCUGGAUUCUGGACAAGCAUGCUGUGCUUACUGUUUGUGAUGACAAAGUGAUACUUGAGCCUCUAAACAAGGCCAAGGUUACAGUCAAUGCAGUGCCUCUUCUAACAAAAUAUCAGCUGCGUCAUCUGUUGGAGUCAUACCCAACACAAAGGAAGACGAUUGUGGUUUUGGAAGUUAAUCAUCUCAGUCAACGAGCUGGUGGGAAACAGGAGGAAAAUCUGGAUCCUAAUUUGGCUGGAAUUUUUCAUGAUUUCAUAGCAACCAUGCCUAUGGUGGCUCAAGCAAACCAAAUAAGUGAAGAACUUAAUAAGGGGGUUAUCUUUGAAAUUGAGGUGAAAAACUUGACAUCAACAAAUGCCAGGGGAGAGGAAUUAGAAAAAGAAAUUAUUGUAAAAGUAACAAACAAGCUAACAAAACAGGUUGAGAUCUGGCCACGAGACAAGUUCAUUGAUCGAUAGCUUUUAAUUGAAGACAUUUACCAGCACUUUCUAGAAAAUGGAACAGUACACAAUAAGAUGGAACAAGAUCCAUUCUGGGAUCCUGUUGAGAUCUUGCAUCUUGGGAGUGCCCAUGUGUGGUUGGAAACUUUGGCGUAUUGCAUAGCUUAUGAAGACCAGGUGGAUGUUAUUAACUAUCAAGGAAAAGAAGAAGCAGUUAUACAGAUCAGAUUGCUCCCCUGCAUGCCAAGUGGAAACCCAUUGGGAGAGGAGUCUGUCAUUGUUGAUCCUGGUGACCUGCUGGGAAAACGCAUGGACUUUCAAAUGCAGAUUUGUCUGUGUUUGGGAGUGAAAUGGAACCAAGGACACAGCAGCAGAGGAGUUCAAAUUGGGUUUAUGAUGUAUGGCCUUCCUACAAUGUUCUAUACCCCUGCUGUCUGGAAUAAUGCUAAUCUUCUGCUGGAUUACACAAUGUGUUUCACAAUUCAACGUGUUACCACAGAUUUCCUCAAUUAUCUGAAAACACAUGCAGUAGUACUGGAACUGUGGGGUCUGCAAGAAAGUUGCCAAGAAAUGGAAACAGAGUUUGCUAAUGUUCCCCUGGCAAGCGAUGGUAGCGUGCUGUUGGACUUAUGCUACAGAAAUCAAUGGACAUUUGUGCCACUGGAUUCUGAAGAGCAUAGAUUCAACCUGUCUGAGCAACUCAAAAUGUUGGAACAAGAGACUGAAAAGCUCAGAAAUGCAAACCGAACCUUAAAAAAUUAUAACAUCAAAAUGCAAAAGAAAUUGGAAAAGCUGAGAUGCUUCUCCUCAAAUCACGGACUAGAUGCAAAUAGGGAUCCAGUGAAAUCCAACGAUAAUCGAUGCAAUCAAAAGUCACCAUUUCCCAGCUGGGAUGCUGAGUUUGCCAAAGCACUCAAAACAUAUUACUUCAGCAUGAAUGGAGUGAGAGGGAGACUUAUCCAACUGAAGGAGGUCAGGCCACUGAUUCUAUUCCCCGGAUUCCUGAGUAUACACUUAAGCACCAACUUACAAGCACAAUUUCGGCUCUUUGGCUAUGCCGAGCAGAACACUACUGCCCCAAAGGGAUACCUUUGCCCCAACUGCACGAAAUACUGA